AUGGAUUCAGACGAGAUCUCCAACGCGAGCACGGAGGCUGAGAUUGUUGCGGAUGAGACAACGGCACUGUUGGCUGGGUCAACAAAGCUUCCAGUCGCGUCAGAUGUUGAUAUCAACGAAAAUGGAUCGGCGUUGCCUACGGCAUCGGACGACGAUGAUAAGCCUUUACCCAAAGGCCAGAUCUUCUUCCUAUGUCUUGCCAGGGUCGUUGAGCCCAUCGCUUUCUUCUGCAUUUUCCCCUUCAUCAACAAGAUGAUCUGGGAUACGGGCGAAGUGGCCAAGACGGACGUGGGAUUCUAUAGCGGUCUGAUAGAAUCCAUGUUCUCCUUGACUCAGAUGCUCUUGAUGAUCCCCUGGGGCUGGGCAGCCGACCAUUUCGGGAGGCGUCCCGUCCUCGUCUUCUCCCUUGGAGGAGUCACGAUCGGCACAGCCUUGUUCGGGCUGAGCCAAUCCAUAUGGCAGAUGAUCGUCCUGAGGUGUUUCUCUGGCGUGUUUGCCGGUACUAUUGUAACAAUCCGUACAAUGCUCUCAGAGAACUCAACCCCCAAGACCCAGGCCCGAGCCUUUAGUUUGUUUGCAUUCACAGGAAACCUGGGCAUCUUCAUCGGGCCAGUCGUGGGAGGCGCGCUGGCCGACCCGGCGAAUCAAUAUCCUAAGCUCCUCGGCCAUACCAAGCUGUUUGAAAAGUUCCCCUACGCACUGCCCACAUUUGCAACAGGAUCGCUGGGUCUUAUUGUCACGGUUGUUUGUGCAGUCUUCGUCAAAGAGACCCUCGUCAAAACGCACAAAUCUUCCUCCGCGACGUCAAAAGAACACAUGUCCAUCAUGCGCUUACUCGGUGCCCCUAACGUCGGCAUCACACUCUACAUCUACGGACAUGUCAUGGUCCUCGCAUUCGCAUUCACAGCAAUCCUGCCCGUCUUCUACUUCACCCCCGUCUCACUGGGCGGCUUCGGGUUCUCCCCCGUUCAAAUCUCGCUGUUCAUGGCCAUCGGCGGCCUCUCACAGUCCCUGUGGCUGCUGGUGGUGUUCCCCUGGCUCCAGGUCCGCAUCGGCACGGCCGGCGUGAUGAAGGUCUGCGGCACGGUGUAUCCCAUUUUCUUCACAUUCCUGCCGCUCUGCAACAUCUUCCUGCGCCUCGGCUGGACGACGUUGUUCUGGUCUCUCGGGCCUGUCCUCCUCGCGCUGGGCAGUGGCGUCGCCAUGUCGUUCACGGCGAUACAGCUGGUCGUCAACGACGUCUCGCCCAGUCCCGCCGUGCUCGGAACUCUCAACGCUGUCGCCUUGACGUUGGUCAGCGGCCUACGCGCUUUCUCGCCUGCCCUGUUUGCCAGUCUCUUUGCCAUGAGUGUCAGGUCGGGUGUGUUCUACGGCCAUUUGAUCUGGGUACUAAUGGUGCUACUCGCUGCCGGCUUCGCGGUGGUCAGUUUUUGGACCCCCGAACCAAACAAGCAGGACAAAGUGUUCCACAGUGAGGAGCAGCAUUGA